CUGGGCGGAAGAACUACAAUUGUGCACCAGCAGCACCAGCAGCCGUGUCGUGAGAACAACAUGAACAUUGUGAUCCUGCCCCCACAAGGCCACGGAGGCCAACAGUAUGAUCUUCACCUUGCGCCAGUCCAACGACCUCCGCCAAAUGCACUAUUGAUUUCCUCCCCGUCGUCCUCGUCGAACGGCGGCCUGGGCCACCAUUCGCGAUCCGGGCGAGGCGGUGGUCCAUUAGCGGAACCCUUGUCGGUGAUUGAGGAGGAGAAUUCCAGCAUGUCUUUUUCUCGCUCGAGCUUGGGUGGCAUGAUCCGUGGGGGAGAGGACGCGGGAUCCCGAGGAGGUGAUGGAGUUGUAGACCACAGCUUUGAACAAGAAUAAAGCUAUACUUACUCAAGUGCAACUACGGGCUAUUGAAGGAGAACAUCAUCGACGACUUUGAUCAAGUAAAAAUUUGUCGACGUUUAUUAUCUGCGUCGGCAACAAUCUUCACUAGAAGUAGACGAUAAACCUACCCCGUUUCAGCAUUAAAAAUCUUCAUAUGUAAGUAGCAGGCUGUAGUUUUGUGUUGGAUUUUAUAAUAUUUUUCCAGGCACAACAAGCUGCUUUCUACUUUUUGGCAAAUAUCAGUGGAGAUGUCGCCAAGAUAACACCCAAGAAAGCUCGUAGCUGUUUUUUUUUUUCUGGCACAGAUCAGUGGCGACGUCGCCACGCUAAGACCAAGAGCUCUGCCCCCGCACCAGCUUCAGGAAAACGAAAACUUAAAGCAAGCUGUUCAUGUUUUGCCGAUAGAGUAUAUUUUAGUAUACACGUUUGUUUAGUACUGUCAUAGGUCGUCCUGCCCUCUCCAAGAGCAGGGAAAUCAUGUUUAUUUUUGUUAGUAAGAAGAAGAACCACUCCCCAGCACGACUGCGUCGUGAAGCAAGGCUU